UCUUCACCCUCAAGAUAACAUCAACGUUCCGCCAUGUUUUAAUUCUACUGAACUGGUCUUCUUCUACUGCUGCUCUUGCUCCCGCUGCUCCCAGGUCGAGCAUUGCUGUACUUUUCUGUGAACCUCGGGCUUCUUUGUGGCUUGCUCGGUGAUCCUAGAUCAGUGUUUGUACGUAUGCGUGUGUACUUUGUGUCAUCUCGCUGAAGUCAGCGACCUCGCGAUAACUCCGCCUCUCCUGCUGAGAAUCAAAGCAGCUCUCGUGAACUGGAUGCUGCUUCUACUGACAGACAGGCAGCGCGCUCUCUGCGGUCAUCAUGCGAAGGUUAUCCACGAUCCGUGUCAGCGAUCCGGGGGAGAAGAGGAAGAAGCUCCGGUGGAGCUGCUCAGUAUGUGACAAGAGAACCGUCUAAGAGAGGAGAGGAAAUAAUCCUUCCGCCAAGUCUCAUUUUUACUCGGCUACAGCAGGUGUCGAUGGACACGCAAGUUUGUGAACCGCAACGACAGCAGCAACAGAAUGUGAGCUUGCUCCUCUCGGCGGUAAAGUGGCUUCAUGAGUGUCCAAAGUAACAGUGGAAGUGGUGGUGGAAGUUUGGAGGCGACGCCAUCUUGGUCGCAGCUCUCCUCGUCCCCGACCAUUUCUCAACAACAAAUAACGGCGACCGCCAAGAGCAAGGAAGGCCCCAUGGAUGAGUUGCACAGCCUGGACCCCAGGAGACAGGAGCUCCUGGAGGCCAGGUUUACAGGAGCUGUCAGUGGCAACACAGGAGGCAGCACUGGGAGCACCAGUGGAGGAGCUAAGGGCCUGGCCAAUGAGUCCUCUAAUCACAGCUACGGCAGCCUCGGUUCAUCCAGUGACAAGGAGUCGGAGAACUCUGAUUUAAAAAGAGGGAGCUCCCCUGCCUAUUCAACUCCGGAGAAGAAGCAUUCUGAGUCUUCCAGGGGGAGGAAGAGAAAAGCCGACACCUAUUCAGAGAGCAGUCAAGGGAAGACGUCCACGCGCGGCCCUAAGAUCAGUGACUACUUUGACUAUCAGGGUGGAAACGGUUCCAGUCCGGUCAGAGCGCUUCCAUCGGCACGCCGCUCCCCGCAGAAUUCGCACUCUGCGCCGGGCCUAAUUAUCCGGCAGAAUAGCUCUUCUCCAACAAGUCUUUGUUUUGGAGAGCACAAUCUCAAAGCAUCCUCCAGCAAGUUUGUCCAGACGGCGUUAACUGGGUUGAAACUGGCUGCUUUGGAAAGCAACAAGAGUCUGGACCUGGAGAAGAAGGAAGGCCGAAUAGACGAUUUGCUCAGGGCUAACUGUGACCUUCGCAGACAGAUCGACGAACAGCAAAAAUUGUUGGAGAAGUACAAGGAGAGGCUCAACAAAUGCAUCACAAUGAGCAAGAAACUGCUUAUAGAAAAGAGUACUCAGGAGAAACAGUCGUGUAGAGAAAAGAGCAUGCAAGACAGACUCCGCCUCGGCCACUUCACCACCGUCAGACACGGAGCGUCUUACACAGAACAGUGGACUGAUGGAUAUGCAUUCCAGAACCUAAUCAAACAACAGGAGGGUAUAAACCAGCAGAGAGAAGACAUCGAGAGACAGAGAAAGCUGCUGGCCAAAAGGAAACCUCCGAACCCGGCGUCUCCCUCCGUUUCCUUAGCCUCGGCUUCUGAACCUAAGCAGCGCAAAACUAAAGUGGUCAACGGAAACGAUUCGGACCCUUUCCUCAAACCUUCACUGCCUCAAUUGCUGACGCUCGCUGAAUACCAUGAGCAGGAAGAAAUCUUUAGGCUCCGCCUUGGGCACCUGACUAAGGAGGAAGCUGAGAUCCAGGCCGAGCUGGAGCGAUUGGAACGCGUGAGGAACCUUCACAUCCGAGAGCUGAAGAGGAUCAAUAACGAGGACAGCUCAUCGUUUAAAGACCAUCCUACGCUGAACGAGAGGUACCUGCUGCUGCACUUGCUGGGCAGGGGCGGCUUCAGUGAAGUCUACAAGGCUUUUGACCUGUUUGAACAGCGGUAUGCGGCAGUUAAAAUCCAUCAGCUCAACAAGAACUGGAGGGAGGAGAAAAAGGAGAACUAUCACAAGCACGCCUGCAGGGAGUACCGGAUACACAAGCAGCUGGACCAUCCCAGAAUAGUCAAACUGUACGACUACUUCUCUCUUGACACUGACACGUUCUGUACCGUGCUGGAGUUCUGCGAAGGGAAUGACCUGGACUUCUACCUGAAACAGAACAAGCUGAUGUCAGAGAAGGAGGCUCGCUCCAUUGUCAUGCAGAUCGUCAGCGCGCUGCGCUACCUCAAUGAAAUCAAACCCCCCAUCAUUCACUAUGACCUCAAACCCGGAAACAUCUUGUUGGUGGAUGGUACUGCAUGCGGAGAGAUCAAAAUCACAGACUUUGGCCUCUCAAAGAUCAUGGAUGAUGAUAACUAUGGUGUAGAUGGGAUGGACCUAACAUCACAGGGCGCUGGCACCUACUGGUAUCUUCCUCCAGAAUGUUUUGUGGUGGGGAAGGAGCCACCCAAGAUUUCCAACAAGGUGGACGUCUGGUCUGUGGGAGUGAUCUUCUUCCAGUGUCUCUAUGGACGCAAGCCAUUUGGUCACAACCAGUCUCAGCAAGAUAUUCUGCAGGAGAACACCAUCCUCAAAGCCACUGAGGUCCAGUUUCCUGCUAAACCACAGGCCAGCACAGAGGCCAAGGCAUUUAUCCGCCGAUGUCUCGCCUACCGCAAGGAAGACAGGUUUGACGUCCAUCAGCUUUGUUCGGACACCUAUCUACUCCCUCACAUGAGGCGUUCUAACUCCUCCGGGGCGCUGCAGCCUGCCACCUCGUCUGUCCCCUCCUACUGACCGGAUUUCCAAUAUGACCACCAGGACCCUCUGACCAGAUCUGUGGCGGGAUUAUUGGAAGCAACGAUAACAAAACGUGGAUCUUCAUUUUUUUUUUUUUAAAUGGAUAAAUAUGCAAAAGGGAAGUAAGAAAAAAAAAAAAAUCAAAACAGACGAUUGAGAAUUGAGAGGAAACGCAGAGCUGCUGUGUUGCCGUUUUCUUGAACUCCUGCGGAAAGACGACAAGGGAACGAUAAAACAAUGGAGUACAGACGGACUGAAAGAAGAGAGAGAGAGAGAGAGGUUUCCUGGAAGUUUGGGGAGCAGGAAAACAAAAUUAAAAACUUUGAACGGAGACUUUUACUAAUUGAUCCUCCCUGGAGACCUUUUGGACAACAACUGUAGACGCUCCCUAUUUUUCCCGCCCAUCUAUUCCCAUCUCCGCAUUUGACGUCGGGAGAAAGAUGUCAUAUACGGCGCGCAGUCAUAGCUUCUGGAGUUGAUGUCCAGAAGACAUCGGAUGACAGAUGCCUGCGUGUUCGCGAAGUCCGCUUCCUGUUUUGACACUGCGGGUUAACUAGAAUAAAGAAUAAAGUUAUAGCUACGUGUCGAGAAAUUUCUGUUUAUAGCCACGGAAGCACAGAAGUGGUGAUUAACUGGGGGGGGGAUAAAACCAUGAUGUGAUUUUUAUAAGAAAAUAAUGGACACAAUUUGCAUUACCUGAUCCGGAUCGUGACGAUCCGGACUUGCAGACUAGACGAGUACUGAAGACUGUUAACGCGAACUUGUGCUUCGUCUCCUCCUCCGUUCGUACGUCAUAAAUCAUUUAGAACUAUUUAAAUUGCGAUGCUGAAAUGGAAGGUUCGGUAUUUCUGCUGCAUAGUACCAGGAACUUCAGAACUAACAAGUAUUUUGUCUGUUUCCGCCAUGAUGGAGAGCUCUUUCGAAGAUGGUUCGUUUUGAUAUGUGGGCCGCUUUUGGACUGGCCAAAAAUCAGGUCCGUCUCAGUCGGUGAUUCCCAACCAAUCACAGUGUACAGUGGGACGUUAUUGAAAGAAAGCUACUAUUUAUUUACCGCAACUAUAUUUGUUGGGUUUUUCUUACGUGACAGCGCUAGCCGGAACACUUUGAUAUCUUCCGUAGCGCCGUCGAAGAUGCAUGCGUCUUUCUUUAAUCCUGCCGGCGUGAAAGCGUAGUGUUCAAAUGACCGGGCCCGAGUUCAACACUGAGUAAUUUGGUUGGAGGUUCACGUUUGUGUACAGUACACGGAGUAAGACGCCCCUUUUUCCCCGCAGCUUAGACUUUGUAAAGCGUGCUUUAUUUCUUCAGGUUUUUUCACGACGAAUAAAUUGCCUAUUGCCCAUUUCGUCAUGACCUUUGGGCCGUCUUCCUCACUGUUGGACAUGUUUUCCCGGUGAACUGAACCUGAGUAUAGUAUAGUCUCUACUUCCUGGUACUAUUACAUGCAGUGCAACUAUAAAUGUAUUUAUCGUAUCACCCAAGCAAUUGAUCUGUAGUACUGGUCAUCUGUUAAUCCAUUAAGUCGAGGAUUGCCAAAUUUUUUUUUUUUUUACAUUGAAUGUGAAGGAGAGUCGUCAUAAUAACCCUUUCAUGCAUGACGGUCACUACAGUGGACAGCUAUUAAAAAUGUCAUUUUCUGCGAUAAGAAUAGGUUUUGAUGGCAGUGUUGCAUAUACGCCUCUACAGUGGACGCCUGAGAAUCCGCUGUAAUCCAAAUGACAUUUUAAUAGCUGUCCACCGUAGUGACCGUCAUGCAUGAAAGGGAUGAUAUAGUCAUGGUCAGCGUUAGAACUGCUUCCCAUCGUCUCGUGUUUUCUGUUCCCAUCUGAAAACCGUGGUGGCUUUUUUUUUUUUUUUUUUUUUUUUAGUUCCAGAGGUUCUCAUCUAUCUGCAGCUAGAGCUGGUUUUGGAAAGAAGCAUUAUCCACUCCAGGAGCUCCUCCAUAAAAACGGGCGCCGGCUGUGUCCGCCGUUAGAGGAUGCGGUAGCUGAUUCUACUAGUAGCGUCGGAACUCUGUUAGUUUUCUUCGAUGUUUCGAGUCCGACGGACGUUACUGUUUUGCGGAGCUGUUCGUGGAAGCUCAAGCCUCGUGUGCUGUGUGGUGACGGAUGUCGGGGGGAACGCUUGUUGAGAAGUUGAAAAUCCCCGUUUUCCUGGUCGUUACUGCAGCUGUUCCUGCAGCUACGAAUCGAGUGGAUAUAUCCAAAUGUUGUCUUGUAAAUAAAGAAACUUACUUGAUGGC